AUGGCCAACACACUUUUGAUCGAAGGCUCAUUCGAGGAGUUGAGCGAGGAGCUCGCCGUCUACAUUGACGGACUCAGCCAGUCGUCGGUGCAGUCAGAGGUUGCGCCGCUGCUGAAGGAGGGCAACAAGGUCGAUGCGCUCAAGAAGAUUGUCACCGCCAGCAGUGCCCUGAACAGCGCCCCCGAGAGAGAAUUCGUCGCCGCAUACAACCUCCUCGUGCACCUGGUACACCAGUCCGGAAGCCCCGACAUUUUCCUGCCCAAACUCUGCCAGAACGUGUCUGCGCCCAUCACCUCUUCGCCGCACAACGGCACCGGCCUCGCCCUCAACGUCCUCUCCACAAUCUUCAACACCCUCUCGCCCGAGCAAGAGAGCCGGUACCAUGUUCUGCUGGCCAUCCUCAAGAUUGUGCGCAACAACAGCACUUUCGACCAGUUGACCCCCCAACUCGCCCAGCUGGAGUCAUGGCUGCAGGCCUGGGACAUGGACGCCGCCGACCAGCGCAAGCUGUACCUUGCCGUCAGCGACGUGGCCACCGAAGCCAGCGAGGACGAACAAGCAUACCAAUACCUGCUCAAGGCCCUGCGCACCAUCCAGUCGCAAGCAGACGCCUCCUCGGACGACGCANAAGCCCUUUCCGUGCGCGCACUCAAGCAAGCCCUCGUCUCGCCCUCGCACUUUGACUUCCACGACUUGACUCAACUCGACUCCAUCCAGGCCCUGCGCUCCGCCGAGCCCGUCUGGUUCGAGCUGCUCGAAAUCUUCAACGCCCAGCAACUCGACGACUUCCGCGACUUCAACGAGGCAAACCCUGAUUUCUUGAGCAAGGCUGAGCUCGACACUGCCGCUCUGGAGCGCAAGAUGCGUCUGCUCACCCUCGCCAGCAUCGCAGCCUCAGCAUCCCAAUCCCGCACCCUGCCCUACGAGCACAUCACAAAGGCCCUCCAGAUCCCCGCCGAAGACGUCGAAAUGUGGGCCAUCGAUGCCGUGCGUGUCGGCUUGGUCGAAGGCAAGCUCUCCCAGCAGGAAAAGACCUUCCUCAUUCACCGCACCACCUACCGCGUCUUUGGCGAGAACCAGUGGCGCGAGGUCGCUUCCCGCCUCGACAUGUGGCGUUCCUCUCUGCAGGGUGUUCUCCGUGUCGUCCGCCAGGAAAAGGAAAACUACAUUCGUGACCGUGAGGCCGAGCUCCGUGAUGCGGAUAACCGUGACAAGGGCAAUGGCUACAGGCCCAACAAGCAGUACAGAAACGCCGUCGAGGUCGAGUAG